UUUGUUUUUCUGUUACAGCGGGUACACUUGGACAUCCAGGUUGGUGAACAUGCAAAUGAUUAUGUGGAGAUUGCAGCCAAGGACAAGCUCUCUGAUCUUCAGCUUCGAGUGAGGCAACUGAUUGAACAAGUGGAGCAAAUACAGAAAGAGCAGAACUACCAGCGAUAUCGUGAGGAACGAUUCCGGGGGACCAGUGAAAGCACCAAUCAACGGGUAUUAUGGUGGUCAAUCGUGCAAACACUGAUACUUAUUCUAACUGGCAUCUGGCAGAUGAGACACUUGAAAAGCUUCUUUGAGGCCAAGAAACUGGUGUAGGGCCUGAAUGCAAUGAUCUGUUCUUGAUUUGAUUUAAUACAGUACAAGGCUGAUUGGGCAAAAGCACAUUUGUGUCACAAGUCAUGGCUCAUUGGAUUUUGCCAAAUACCACCCUCUUGUCCCCUCUAACCUCUGACAUGCAGUGCCUCCAAAUGGACCUUGGCAAGGAGCAACUGUUUUUUUGCCAUUUUGGGUUUUUGAAAUAAGUCUUUGCUGUUUAAAAGGCAGCUGUGUCCAAGCCAGCAACAAAU